AUGGGGAAGAGCCGGUCGCGGGCGGCGAAGGCGGCGAGCGUCUUCCGCAUCGCCCGCAGCGGCGCCGUCAAGGCGAAGGCCAAGGGCAAGGCGCGGCCCGUCACCUCCGGGCUGAAGCAGAUAAACAUUAGAAAUGCUGAGAAAGUUAGCACAAUAAAUAAAGCAUUUGCUGAAGUUCAGAAAGAAGUACAGCAGCUAUCAAAAGGCACUGCAGCAGAACCUCAGAAGAGUCAUCAGGUUUCCACAAAUCUCGAAGAGGAACCAGCAAACGUGGAUGCCGCCGCAAGCCUAUUAUCUCAGUUGUAAGCAUAAUGGACAAUGAAGGGAUUGCAAGAAAUGAAGAUCACAAAUACUGAUGGAUUUGUUUGUACAAUUUUAUUAAAAAAAUCUUGUUAAUAUACAAGUAUUGGCA